UUAUAAUGUUGACGCUGCAUACGAAACCCGAAAGAGACCGAUUCGCGAUCUUUUUGGAUCACAGAAGACUUAUUAAUGAAGCAUACAGUAAUGGAGAUGGUGCGACACACCAUCUCAAGGCAGAUCUAUUUCACUUUCAAGCCAAAAAAACAGAAGCGAAGCAAAGCGAACAGAAGAGAUCAAAGAAGCGCAAGCGAAUUCCGGAGGACAUACAUGGUGCAUCGGAUUCACAGACGAUUGAGAGGUACCUGGCUCUCUUGCCCACGUCCGUGGGCUAUGAGACAACAACGCCUCUACCACGGUAUUGGGAGGCCCCAUACACAGUUCCCCAGUUGCACGGAGCCAAUCAGAGCGGGCAGAUCCAACAGUUUCCCAGCGGAGACGAGGCCAACACCACCUACCUCAUACCGGACAGGGCGCGCUUCUACAAUCACAACGUAGACCAUCUGCCGGCACUAUUGCCGCAACUCUUGCCCAGCUACGAUCUGAUUGUAGUCGAUCCGCCGUGGCGCAACAAAUACAUUCGACGGCUGAAACGUGUCAAGCAGGAGCUCGGUUAUUCCAUGCUAGACAACGACCAAUUGGCUCUACUCCCGCUCGCCAAGUUGACCAACAGACGCACCCUUGUGGCCGUCUGGUGUACUAAUUCCAUCCAGCACCAGACGGCUUUAGUAAAAAACAUUUUGCCAAGCUGGAAGCUUCGUCUGCUCCACAAACUUCGCUGGUACAAACUAAGCACGGAUCACCAUCUUGUUGGCCCUCUCCAAGCAGACCCCACCCAGAAGCAGCCCUAUGAAAUGCUUUAUGUGGCAUGUCAUGCCGAUAGCCACGAGAACUAUGGAAAGGACAUACAAAAAGCAGAGCUAAUCCUCAGCGUUCCCAGCAUUGUGCACUCGCAUAAGCCGCCCCUUCUGCCAUGGCUGCGCCAGCAUAUAGAAUUGGACCUCAAUCAAACGGAUCCCAAUUGUCUAGAGCUUUUUGCACGUUAUCUGCAGCCGCAGUUUACCUCCAUUGGAUUGGAGGUACUGAAGUUAAUGGAUGAGCGCCUGUACGAAGCUCAUGCCGAACUAACAAGAACACCAUAGAUAAAGUUUAGGCAUGCCAAUUACAUUAGUCUUAGCCGUAAUUCUCU